AUGCAUGUUUAUGGUAAUGGAAAUAAACGAAUAUUUAUUCCAUCAAAAUUUUUUCAGCAAAUAUGGUCAAAAGAUCUCGAAUAUCCGAUUGAUCAUUCAGAUCAAUCUGAUAUUUCAUCGACCGUUGAAGAAAAACCUAUGGAUAUAGAUCGGCCAAAAAGAAAUUGUCUUGCAUUUGCUCUUAAAAAACAACACCGAUCUUCUAAAUGGAUGUGUUGGUAA